CCAAUAUUCCAGCUAUUUACCCCCAAAACCUAUCAACCAAAAUGAAAGCCUUUGUCAUCCUUGCAUCUCUCCUUUCUUUGGCUGUUGCCAACCCUCUUUUCGAGCGAGAUGCCUGCGCUUGUGAUAUCUCUAAGUGCCCUGCUGGCAACUGCGAUUGCAUCACUGGCUUGAUGGACGCCUGCUACGUUGCGCAGACCAAGGCUGGGACUGAUUGUGGAAAGCCUGUCUAUCCGGCUUGCGGAGGUAGCAUUGGUGACACGUGCGCUUCGGACGAGAUUUGCUACUACACGGAUAAGGCUUGCGACCCACACACUCAACCCUGCACCGGAAUCUGCGCCAAUGACUACUGUGGUGGCCACUGGGACCGCGAAUGCCCCGAUAGCCGUUGGUCCUGUGUGUACGACGAAACCUGCGAAAAGAACGGCGGGGUUGACUGCGACGGCCAGUGCAUCCUCAACUAGGACACUCAAGACACAACUAUCAACCCUUGUGGAAUGGUUGCGGCUUCGCUUUGGGAUAUUCGGCAUUGAACUCGGGACAGGGGAAAGCGAGCUGGGACAUUUUUUUCAUUGUCCAUACUCUUAUAGACUACCUUGUUGGGCUUGAAGGCUAUAUACUGUGUAUAUAUAUUUUUUACAUUUUAUGUACGAUCAUGUAAAGCGUUAGAUAUA